AUGGGCUGGGCUUCCGCUCUAUGUGCAGACUUCUCGAGCUUUACACUCUUCGGGGACUGCUCGGUCACAGGUUGUCAGAGAGCCUGCGUCGUUCGUCUAGCUAGCGUUGCACAGGAGAACUCCGGGUCGUACCGGCCCCUGGCCGUCCUUUCCUUCUCCUGGCAAUUCCGCUGGCUUGGUGAGGACUUGUUUCGACCUCAGCCGCUUCGAACCUUCAACGCAGCUCUUCACUUGGCGAACUCGCUGCUGGUGUUGACCCUGCUCCGUGACUUGGGGCUUUGCCGGCGAUGGAGCUGCAUCGCCGCCGCGCUCUUUGCUGCUCACCCUGUGCACGUGGAAAACAUCGUGUACCUCGUGGGUCGUGCCGAUGCCUUGGCGACUUUUGGUUGGCUUCUCGCUGCCAUUGCCCAAGUCCGCGCGAGACGUGCGUGGCAGGCCUCCGAGAAACCUCCUCGCUUGGCUUGCGCGCUGCUGGUCUUUCUGUGUGGCCUCCUGGCCACGAUCUCUUGUCUUUGCAAGGAGAUGGGGAUUACGCUCUUGGUGUUCACAGCUGGCCUCGAGCUGGUCAGUUGCAAGCCCUGCCAGCGGCGCCUGGCUACAGGCGCGCUGCCUUUGGCCAUCGCGUCGCUGGUGCUCUUUGCUGUCUUGGCAUCACUUCGCUUCAUGAUGACUCAGGGCUCCAGCGCAGCGUUCGGCUUCGUAGACACGCCCGUGCAGUACCACGAUGAUUGGCAGGUGCGAACCUGGAGCUACCUUUUUCAGCACGCUUACUACGGAAAGCUGCUGGUGUUCCCCGGCGCUCUGUCAUGGGACUACUCGUUCGAUGCCAUCCCCCUCCUUCGCGCCGGCUGGCGCGAUGUGCGCACGCUCGGUGUGAUGACCGCCUACCUCAGUCUGCUGGCGCUGAUCAGCCGAAGCCUGUCGGCGGGAGGCCAGCGGCGCAUGCUGCUGGGCCUGCAAGUCAUCGUCAUCCCCUUCAUCCCGGCAUCGAACCUCUUCUUCAAGGUGGGUGUCACGGUGGGUGAGCGACUGCGUCAAGCUCAGCCCAGUCGGCACUGGGGCAACGCCUCGGGCGCCGCCGUUCAUGGCCUUCGACUCAGUCUGCACGCCUUGCAAGCCAAGGAGCCCUAA